ACAUUUUCUAAUUGAUGUUUAAAAUUUUGUUUAUUAACUCUGUAUUUGGAUGUAUCAUCUUUGUAGAUUUGAAACAUUCCCAUUUUUAAAGAACUGUAAAUAGGAGGACAAAUAAAUGUGUGUUCUGAAAGUCAUUGGAACAAGUGAAAGUACUUUAAUAUUUCAUGGUAUGUUGUAUCUAUAUUGUACGCUGCUUGCGGUAAACUGUUGUAAACUAAUGUGGAUGCUUGUUUUGAUUUCUAUAUAAUUUUUUAUAUAAUUUUGUUUGACUACACGUAGUGUAAUUUAUUGAUGUUAGGUUUAAUUUAUUGAUGUUAGACUUUAAAUUGAUGUGAGGUUUUAAUGUUAUUUUUAUAUGUGGGGUUUCUCUGGGAUUUUUAUGUCAGUAUUUGUUUGUUUAUGGAGGCAUUGAAUGUUUGCCAUUUUAUGUUGGAAUCUGCCCUGAUUGGGCGGAAUACGAAUAAAGUUGUUGUUGUUGUUGUUGUUGUUGUUGUUGUUGUUGUUAUUAUUAUUAUUUUUAUUAUUAUUAUUAUUAUUAUUGCAGUAUCUUAUGCCCAGCCCUUUUAUAGACUGGUCAUGUCCAUUGUACUACAAGCAAUUGGUCUUGUUAAGUAUGGUUUUGAUUCAGUUUGAACGCUGCUGUUUUAUACUCUUAUAUUCUGUUGAAUUGUGCUUUUAUUUGGAUUGUUAUAUUUAACUAUGUUUUUAUUUUAAUUGUGUUUUGCUCUGUUUUGUACUGUGUCUGUGGGCAUUUUGUCUCAUAUGUAAGCCACCCCGAGAUGGUGAUGGGGUAUAAGAAUAAAGUUAUGAUCAUUAUUAUUUGGCCUGCAUUUCUAACUAUAGUACAUUGAGAAGGAUCCUUAUAGAAAGCAAUUGAUAAGCCGAGGUAACAAUUUCUUCAUUCCACAUCAUUAUAGUCUGCAACUUCAAUUCUGUGCAUGGCUCUCAACAGGAUUUUGUCAGGACAGGUUGCAGUGGUUAAGAAUUGUUUUCCAUUCGAAGCAAACACACUGGGACAAAGAAAAAGAAUCAGACAUAAACUGAAGGAAGAUGUAGACCUCUCCUUCAGAAACUGACUGGAAAAAGUAAAGGUUAGAUGCUAGUAAAAGCAGCUCCACAAAACAAGUUAUUUAUUGAAACAAUAGAGAUAAUUGAUCAUGUUUCCUUUACUGUUAGCUAAGAUCUUUAACCAAGCUCGAGAAGUAAUUACGAUACUUAACAUUUGUUUACUCACAUGUGGACUACUUUCCAGGUUAGAAAGAGAUUUUAAAAGGAAGUUUUUUCAACUGAGGGUGCUGAGAAAAUAAAGAAAACAUGAUUUUAAAAUAUAAACAAUGAAUAGUAAAAAAAAACACAUGUGAUUUAAGAGAUUACUGACAGUUGUUAAAAUGAUUCAAGAAGAGGGAAGUGUGACAGUGUGACAUAUGACCAUCAUAAAUGUGAAGGUAGGUCCUCAGAUGGUAUCCUUUAUACAGGAUAAACAAAUCAUGUGUACUUCACACAGUGAACAUAUAGCGAGGAAGGCAAUUCAGAGGUAAGAAACAACCUUCAGUUCUUUAAAAAAAAGAGGUUUACAGUAUGGGAUAAAAACAGGAAAAAAAGAAUCCAGCAGAUGAGGUAGGUUUCUAAAAUAUUUCCACUUGCCAAAGUCUAUUCUGAAAUUUGCCCAGAUAUUUUAUUCCAAAAAAUGAGAUUUCAGGCUUAUGCCAGCCUUCAAGAAUCAAGAAGGAUGUGACAAAAAUCUGAUAUAAGAUUUGCUUCAGGAAAAAAUAAAAAAACCUCUCCAGUGAACUUCACCAAUAUGUUGGUAAGUCUCCAUGGGGUAAGUUUCUUAAUUGGAAAAAAUCAUAUCUCAAAAAUUCGCAGUGGUUAAAGGUUUGUUUUUAUCACUUUGUACUUGUAUAUAACUUCUUUUGUAGAGCUAAAUGACAGUUUUCAUAUUUUAAAAGCACUGCAAAUCAGUCUUGUUUUGUAAUCCAAAAGUGGUUGGGAGGAAAAAUCCAGUAGUUGAAACAUUUCAGAGAUUCAUGGUGACCAAUGCUUAUUUUGCUUGGCUUUCUGACUAUGGAUUUUCCUUGCUUAUUUAUUUUACAAAUGUGGAGGAGUUUUGGAAAUUGAAUAGAAAUGCACUCCAACCCUUCCAUUAACACAAUUUCGUAUUCAAUAUUAGUUAUUAAAUACGAGAUGGAAAGACUAGAUUUUGUGAUCUUGAACAUAAUACAGAAAAAUAUCAAUCCAGCAAUAUUUUUUGAAGUAUACUGGGAAACUCAUCUUCAGAGACUUAAUGGUACCACCAAUUUGAUUACAAAGAACAAAGCAUGUUAUUAUCAGGUUUCUUUUUUUGCUUCAGGAAGAACACAUUGUGAAACCUCUCCAGUGAAUGUCACCAACAUGUUUGGAAGUCUCUCUGGGUGCAUUUCUCAUUUUGAAGGAGACUGGAAGAAAGGAAUCCAAGAGUUGAAAAUGGAAACAAACUGGUAUGAGAAAGUGAACUGGAGACAAACUGAAGCUAUAAAUGGACCUCGUCUUGAGGAAUUGACCAGAAAAUGUAAAGGGGAUGAUAGUUCUGAAAUUAAUCCAAAAGAGAGAAAUGGGACAAAUGUCACAGGCAAAUAUGAUAAACAUGAAGGUAGGUCCUCAGUGGUAUCCUUUACUGCAAUUGAAGAAAAAAUUGCAAUUGAAAUAAAAAUGUGUACUUUACAAACAAAAGAUAUGGUCAAGAUGGCAAUUCAGAGGUAAGAAACAACCUUUAGUUUUUAACAGAUUUGUGUCCAGAAGAAAGGAAUCCAGCAGAUAAGGUAAGAAUGUCAAGAUUUUAGGCUACCAAAGUCUAUCCUAACUUUGUCUAGAUUUUUGUCCUGGAAAAGUAUGAGAUUCCAUGGUUUUGAUCAUGAUGAAGCAUGAAGCAAACCAUGAUCAAACAUGCAACAAAAGAACAACUUCAGGAAGAUAAGAAUCUUUCCAGUGACCUUACAAACUUGUUGGUAAGUCUUUACAAGGUAUGUUUCUUAGAGAGAGAAGUGCACAUCUUGGAAAAUGCUUUCCUUUAGUCCAUUGAACAGUAUUUCAGGAUAUUCGGUUGCCAAAUUCCCUAACUUUGUCUAGAUAUUUACUGGGAAAAUAUGAGAUUUCAGGUAUCUGACAACCUUCAAGAAGCAGCAAACGUAACACAAAUCUAAGGGAAAGAACAAGACUUGCUUCAGGAAGGUAUUAAGCUCCUUCGGGGAACUUAACAAACAUAUUGGUAAGUCUCCAUGAGGUAAGUUUCUCAAUUGAAAGAAUUCACACCCAAGAAAAUACUCAAGUAGCUAAAGAUUUAUUUUACCACUUUGUACUUGGAUAUAACCUUUUUGUAGACAUGAAAGUGAGUUUUCCUAUUUUGAAAGAACUGCAAAUCAAUCCUGUUGUGUCUAAUAAAAGCAUCUGGAAAAAAACUGAAAUAUUGCAAAAUUUACAGUGAGUAAAGUCUCUGCCUUACAUUCCUCAGCUUUCUAUGGAGAAAGGAAUCAAAGAACUUAGGUAAGAAAUUCAUUAUCCCCAAUACCUAAAGGUUGCCAUUUAUUUUAUUGUCUGGCUCCCUCCUUAAUAUUUUUUUCAUCUUUGAUUGCGGUGGUUAAAAUGAUUUCUCCAUCCAGAGUGCAAACAAACUGGGAAAAGGAGGAUGUUGAGAGAGUAGAUGUGGAGGUAUACUUUGGGAGUUGGCUGGACAAGGUUGUAUUCUAUACAGACAUUUUUAGCAUACAUGCAAUAAUUCGUUUACUGAAAAGAAAAAAAUGGCAAUUGUUCCUAUUUUUCUAGAAAGGUUCAGAAGCAACUAUGUUGUUUAACAUUUGUUUGCUAUGUUACUGACUUCCUUCCAGGUAUGCAAGAGAUUUUAGAAAUUCUUAAAUGUUAUUUUAGUUACCAAAUUAAUUCAAGAAGACAGACAUCACCAAUGUGAUGGUAAGUCCUGAAAUGUUAUCCUUUACUGUAGGGAACGAUCUGUGAUAUUUUUCCUUGCUGGCUCUCUGGAUGGGUGAGUGUGACGGUUCCUUGAUGCUUUGGUGACUUUUUGUUUUGCAGUUUUGGAAGGGAUUGUCCAAUGCAAAAAGCUCUGUAGAUCAUUCAUUGUUGUAAGAUAGGUAACAAAGAUCAUAACAUUGAUAGUUUGGCAAGAUCAAAAAAGCAAGGCGUAACACAAACUCCAGUGAGGUGAGAAACAUUUCUCUUAUAAAUGCUGUUUUUUCAAACAUAUUUGUGUUGAUUGCCAAAGACCAAUGAUUUUUUCACCUUUUCUCCAUCCUUCUUUUGGUCUAGCAGGGGAUAUGGACUUAUACUUUAAGUGUCUUUAUUCUGUCCAUUUAGAUAUUAAUUUAUUUUCCAUUGAGUGGGUUGAAAGGGAAUGUUGACAAUGAAAAAAACUGUGUGAGAACUUCGUUUUAGGAACUGUCUUCAAAAAUCUUAUUUGCUGACAGGGAGACACUGAGAUCAUAUGAGGGUAAGAAAGCAAUUCCUCUUGUGAAUCAGACUGUUGGUAUCCUUUACUGGCUUCCUUGGUAGUUUUUUUUCCCCUUGCUGUUUCCUUUGAUGGUUUGACAAUGAUUUCAUAUUUAGUUAUUUCUUUGCAGAUACCAAACUGUUGGUAUCAUUUACUGGAGAGAUAGGUUUGUAAUCGUUUUUACCUUGCUGGCUCACUAAAAAUGUCAUGAUGAUGGUUUGACAACUUGUUGUAGAAGCUUUUCAUAGCCGGAAUCACUGGGUUGCUGUGAGUUUUCCGGGCCAUGAAGCAUCAGGAGACUAUGCUUCUGGAAUAUGGCCAUAAAGCCCAGAAAACUCACAGCAACCCAGUUUGACAAUUAUUUCAUAUUUAGUUACUUCUUUGCAGAUUUGGAAGGGAUUGCCCAAUGCAAAAGGAUCCUCAUUGGACCCAUUAUUUGAAGAUAGGUGGCAAAACUAAUUGCACUAAUACUUUGCCAAGAAAGCAAGGCACAUAACAGAGAUAUUAGUCAGGUAAGAAAUGUUGCUGUUUGUACCUUUCCUCCUUCAAUGAGAACAAGGUGCAAAACAUCACCAAUUUGUGUUGAUUCCCAAAGGCCAAUUAUGUUAUAAUUUUUCUGGAAUUCUUUUCAAAGGAAUGUUAUUGGGAUAUUAAUUUAUUUUCUUUUAAGCAGAUUCAAGGUGGUUUUUCAGAGUUGAAAGAGAGCUGUGUGACCUUUCCUUUUGGCAUCGCCUAGAAAAUCUUCAGAAUUCUAAUUUAUGGACAGAGAAAGGCAGUCUCCAACUUGUAAAAAAAAGUGUAAUUGUAAACAAGGAAACGGAGUAGGUGCUUAGAUGGAUGUGGGAAAUGACAUGAGCAUGGAAGAGCUGCAUUAAUAAGGAUUGUAUAUUUGCCAUUCAGGUGGCCAAUGUUUUCUCUUGUAGAGGAGAGCCACGGCGCUUGCAGGGUGGCCUUUGGACUACCGCACAACAACGGGGAGAGAGGGAUGGUGGGGAUGGGGCGCUUGCGUAUGGCUCUUGCUCGUGGGAUGCCCAGGGUUAGUGGUGCUGAUCGCCGUUUUGGGGUCGGGAAGGAAUUUUCCUCCAGGGCAGAUUGGCCGGAGACCCUGGAGGUUUUUCGCCUUCCCCUGGGCAUUGAGCAGGAGUCACCGGCCAUGUCAAAUGGCACAUUCAAGUCAAUUGAAACAUCAUUUAAAAUAAAGGAAUUAAUUGAAA